AUGGCUGCUUGGGGCUAUCCUGAUCCAGCAAGUGAAGAGGCACUUCACAAAAGCCGCCUUCUCAGUGUAGAAGAGAAACCUUUUAAACGCCUGACCAAACGGCUCCUCUCAGAACCAUCCCCUCUCUACUCCCUCUCUCCCAGCAGUCGGAUACCUACACCUCCACCCGAGCCGAGCGAAGAAAACCCAACACCAGUAAUUGACCCCCGAACUCCGGAGGAGAAGGCAUCUGCAGAACGGCGUCAAUUCCGCGAAGAUGUGAUUCUCGACUUUGCAGCUUUCGAGAGCAGCAUUGUACGCAUACAGUUUCUCCGACAGUCCAAUGCGAAGGAGAGAGAACGGUAUGCGGCAGAGAAGAUCCAAAUCGAGGGGACAGCAGAGAAUGUCAGAGAGAGCACCAAAAGAUUACGGGUUCAACUAGAUGAAGCACAGAAACUUCUGGCGGUCCGUAAAACAUACGAUGAGCUGGCAGAGAAGAUAACGAGCAACAAAACGUUGAAACCCAGAGACGAACAGCAUGUAAAUUUGGAGAAGCUUAGGGCUGAGAUUGAAGACCUUGAGCGGGAGAGUCGAGAGCACGACCAUGCAUGGAGGGAGAGAAGGGAGCAGUUCGCUAGGAUAUCUGACGAAGGUGCGAGACUGAGGCGAUUGAUUAGAGACGAAAAGGAGGAGGUCACCCAACCCGAGGCGGAGGAUUUCCUUGGAGUUGAACGUGCAGCAAGUGGCCGAUCGAAUGUUGGCACACCAAGACCUGAAGAAGGCGGAUUGACGCCGAUGCACCAUACUCAAGGCGGAAGUGGCGUUAUGACACCGAGGUCGAGAAGAGGAACCCCACAACCUGAAGAGACGGGGAUUGAUGCCAUAGAGUCUGUUCCCGAAGUACAAGAAAAAGACGACGCAGAAAUGGUAGAUGAAGGCGAAGUUGGCGAAAUGCCACAGCAGGACGGAGAGACAAGCGUUGAGGAUCAACCCUCAACUCAGCCUAAUGUUGUAACGGCCGAGAAAGGACGAGACCAGAUGGACACCAGUUAG